CACCAAUAACCAGCUGUGCAACAAGAAUGAUGCGAGCACUGUUCGUCGCACUGCUGCUGGCGUGCUGCAGCGUCUGCUCCGCAACAGGGGCAAUAUCCUUGCCUGUUUACACACACCUCCAAUGUACACGCGCUGCACGGACGGCGCGCGCGUCGCAUGACAAUUGCCGCCACACGCGAGGAGUGCGGGCGGCACCGCGCACGCGACGCGCGCAAGCGCUUGCACUGGUUUGCAUGGUUUGGGCCGUUGCACGCACACGCCGCGCUCGUCUGCAGUCACACGCGCGCAAUCACGCCCGCCUGCAAUCGCAUCUCACCCUCGUCAAACCGCAGGCGCCCGCCGCGGCCAUCACGGCCCCGAAGAGCAAGGUCAAGGCCGUGAAAGCCGUCGAAGUCCCGAAGGGAGACGCCGUCCUCGACUCCUACCAGAAGGCCCUGGACGACAAGCCCAUCUUCACGAAGGCCUGCACGUCGGGUAUUGGAUUUGCGGUGAGCGACGUCCUCACGCAGCUGUUCAUCGAGAAAAUGGACUUCGAUUUGAAGCGUUUGGUGAAGAUGGCCAGUUUUGGCUUCCUGCUGCACGGCACGACGGGCCACUUCUUCUACAACUUUCUGGACGGGAAAUUGAAGGGAACGGACCCGCUAACCGUGGCCGCGAAGGUGGCGAUCGACCAGACGUGCUGGGCGCCCGUCUUCAUGGUCAUGUUCUUCUCCUACAUGAUGGUCUUCGAGGGCACGCCGGACCUCAUCGAGGCCAAGAUCCGCCAGGACGUCUUCACGGCCGUGAAGGGGUCGUGGAUGACGUGGAUCCCGGCCCACACGAUCAACUUCGCCUUCGUGCCCUCGGACAUGCGCCUGCUGUACAUCAACACGAUCCAGAUCUUCUUCAACAUGUUCAUGAGCGUCAUCGGCAACACGGAGGCCGUCGCCGCGGAGUAGAUUUGAGCCGGGCACCCCCCCUAAGACGAACGUAGCCCCCUU